UCUUGGUGCCGGCGCUCCAGCGCUCCUCGGCAGCCUGUCGUCUUCAGACAGGUAAAGCUGAUGAACUCAUGAGGCUGACGUUCGAUUCCCGGACCAGCAGCUCACGACUGAUGGAGCAGGACCGAGAGGAGAAGGCUGCUCAGCCGCCGACCUGCUACGACGAGAGCGGCAGGAUUGACCCCUACGGUUUCGAGAGACGCCACGACUUCGAGUCCUAUAAGGAGAUGAUGAGUGAGUACGUGGCCGUGCUGAACCGGCGGUCGGUCCGGUGGUCCCGGCUCCUGCAGGACCGGCCUCGGGUGGAGAAGAGCCUGACGGUGAAGCGCUACGUCCGGAAAGGCGUGCCGCACGAGCACCGCGCCCGGAUCUGGAUGGCGGCGAGCGGCGCCCAGGAGCAGCUGGAGGGCCGGGCGGGGUACUACCAGGCUCUGCUGUCUGCGCCGCACGACGGCCGGCUGAGGGACACCAUCAGGACAGAUCUGCACCGCACCUUUCCUGACAACAUCCUGUUCCAGACCGGCGCCGAGCCCAGCCUGCAGACGGCGCUGUUCAACGUGCUGCUGGCCUACGGACGCCACCACCCCGCCGUGGGCUACUGCCAGGGCAUGAACUUCAUCGCAGGCUACCUCAUCAUCGUCACCAAAGACGAGGAGAAGUCCUUCUGGCUCCUGGAUGCUCUGCUGGGCAGAAUCCUCCCAGAUUACUACAGCCCCGCCAUGCUGGGCCUGAAGACGGACCAGCAGGUCCUCGGGGAGCUGGUGAAGGUCAAGGCGCCCGCGGUGGGUCAGCUCAUGGCCCAGUACCCCGGCAUAUGGACCCUGGUCGUGUCCCGCUGGUUCAUCUGCCUCUUCAUCGACAUCCUGCCGAUCGAGACGGUGCUGCGGGUCUGGGACUGUCUCUUCUACGAGGGCUCCAAGGUGCUGUUCCGCGUGGCGCUGACGCUGGUGGUCCACCACCAGGCGGAGAUCCUGAGGGCGCGCUCGCUGCCCGACGUGUGCCAGUGCUUCAAGCAGAUCACCGGCGGCGCCUUCACUCUGGACUGCCACGCCUUCAUGCAGAGGAUCUUCACGGAGCCUGGGAGCCUGUCGAUGGCCACCAUCGAUAAGCUGAGGGAGAAGUGCAGACAGCAGGUCCUGAAGGAGGAGUCCGGCCCGCCGUGAAGCCUCGCCUCUCACCUUUUGACCUCUGCGGCUAUAAACACCGUGAGAACCUUCACACCAGCCCGUGUUUCCGUCCGGUUCUUAUCAGGGUUGCCUUCUGCGCUCCACGUCGUCUCGUUUCCUGGAUCGGCUUCACGAUUGGCUGAUUUCUUAAACACCUUGGUCAAACAGUGAUGAGCACACAUCCUCCACGAGGCCUGGCGGCUUCCUGCAGCAUCGCAAUCUGAACAUGUAACCUGAUUUUGAAGAUUAAUAUCUUUACCACUACAAGAAACAAAAAGGGGCAAAUUAUUAGCAGAUGAAAAACCAUUUCCUUGUAUUUUGGUUGUAGACUUUGCCUAUUUUUAUUAUUAGAGAAAAAUACAGCCUUUAUUUUCCAGUAUCCUUUUGACAUAUCAGUGAACAACCCAGAAAGAAACAAUAGGAAAUAGUCCUUUCCUAGAAUAUAAAGAUAGAACUACAGUAGUGGAGAAGAAAUUAAAUGGAAACCACUUCAUCUGAAUCGUGUUAUUUCAUAUUGUUUAGACUUCUGAGCCUCAUCAUUUCAGUUGUUCCUUCUUUCAACUCCUAAGGAAAAUAAAAAAAAUAUGCAACAAGUCAAAUAAAGUAAUGUCUGUUGUUCAUGGGAUAACAGGAAAUAUUCUGACAUUUUUAAUCAGAAUAAAGACAUGAGAUCUGUGUUAAGCAUGAGGCAUGUGACUGUACUCUGCAGCAGCAGCAGCUCUCAUUAAAGCUGGCUUUAAGUUGAGGCUGCUGUCACUCAUGGCGGUAGA